CCCGAAAUACCCGUUACCCUGCUGUCUAUCCGUGUCUCCCUUGCAACGUAUAUGUCUGUAUUUCCUUUUUAUUCCUUUUCUUUAUUUGAUUUCACUUUUAUCAUACCCAAAUAUCAUGGAAUAAUCAACCUGAGGUGAAGGUCAUAUCAACUCCCUUUAUUUCCUGUAGGAAGACCCCUCUUACUAUAGAUAUUCCUAGGGUCUCCGUUUAAGAUGUUAGAAAAGCCUAUCUUAUUCAUCAAGGGCGCCGGCUUCAUCUUCUCUUUUUUCGUGCUCUCAAAUCUACGACGUAGCAUCUAUUUCCGUCUUCGGAAGCUCCGGUAUUACCUCACAUCAUCAUCGUCCUCCAUCUCAGAGCAUCAGCAGCAGCCUCGCAACAUAGUCAUAGUCGGCGCCUCCAUCGCGGGGUACACUGUCGCGCGCACCAUCGCGCAAUACCUGCUGCCGGACUCGGUGUACCGCGUCGUCGUCAUCGAGCCCCACGACCACCUGCAUUUUACGUGGGUGCUGCCCCGCUUCUGCGUCGUUGGCGGCCAUGAGCACAAGGCUUUCAUCCCCUACGGCGGGCACCUUCCCGCAGGCGCCUUCGAGGCCGAUGGCGGAAAGGUAGCAUGGAUCAAAGAUCGCGUCGCGGCCAUCUCGCGCGACAGUGUGCGUGUGGAGGGCACCGACGAGGAAAUCCCUUACGCGUUCCUGGUCGUGGCGACGGGGUCCGGCGCUACGGACUCCCUGCCGAGCCGCGUCCCCGCCGAUGACAUGGAGCAAGGCGUAGAACUACUGCGGGCGAUGCAGACGCGAAUACGGGACGCCAAUGACCUUGUUGUGGUUGGUGGGGGGGCUGCCGGCGUCGAGCUGGCGACGGAUGCGAAGUCCAAGUACCCGGAGAAGAGGGUCGUCUUGGUGCACUCGCGGGACUCGGUGAUGCACCGUUUCGGGCCUAGGCUGCAAAGCGCGGCGUUAGAUGGAAUCAAGGAGCUGGGUAUCGAGCUCAUCACGGGUGAUAGGGUGGUCGAGGAAAAGCAAGAGGAAGGGGUUGUGGUGCUCAAGAGCGGGAAGGAGAUCGUAUGCGAUUAUUUGGUAAACUGCACUGGCCAGAGACCGGACUCAAAGCUUAUUGCACAACUCAGCCCGGCUGCUAUAUCGGACUCGGACCACAUCCUAACGAAACCCACCCUGCAAAUUCAGGACGAGUCUCUGCCGAAUGUGUAUGCCUGUGGCGACGUCUCGGAGACCAACACGGCACACCCGAAUUCACGGUCUGCGAUGCGUCAGGCGAUGAUCGUUGCGCAUAACAUUCUUUCCGCCUCAGAGGGCAAGAAGCCUACGGAGAGGUACGAGCCGCACUGGCUUGACGGCGUGAUAAAACUCACGUUGGGACUGGAUAAAUCAGUCUCCAACGUUGGCGACGGUAAUACCGAACUACUGUUCCCGAGGAAAGAGAAGGAGCUCGCUCUUAUGUCGGCGCAAGCUUGGCGUAAGCUAGGGGCCAAGCCGUUCGAAGAUGACGAGGCGGAAUUCUUGAGCAAGAUUCAUGCUAAGGUGUGAAUGAAACUGAUGGUUGUUUACAUAGGUAGGUACAUAGGUAGGUAGGCAAGCGAGUACCCGGUAUAUAUAUCAAGGCAAUGGGGUUCAUGUCACAGUUAGAUGCGUUAGAUGGAUGCUACCUAGAGAUGAUAUGUGUAUACUAUAUAGUGAUGGGAAAGGGAUAGGGGUAAUGGUGUUAAAGCAUCUUUAAAGAACUACAUCGCAUGUUUCUAUUUGAGAUUAUUAAAGGACGCCUCGGUAGGUGGAGGGCUGAAUUACACUGUACGUAACUAUACGCUUUAUAUGUCUAGGCCCCUAGGUAAAAGGGAGGUAACCGAGACCUCUUAGGUCGGACAAACGGGUGUCUAGGAUGAUAAUACAGUACAGUACAGCUUCACCACGAACGUUUCACUAGAGCCGAAUA